AUGAACGGCCUCGAUUUCUUCUUCUCCCCUUCAUCCACCGUCGAUCCACCCACCGGAAUCACCGCAGCAGAAGAUGAUGAUUGGGGAGAUUUCGUCGACUCCUCCCCUCGCAUCGACUCUCUCUCUCCCACUCCAAAUGCUAAUUCGACGCCCAAUCGGAUCGAAUCUGAGAAGAAGAAUCAGGCGCAGUGGGUUAGUUCUCGUGGUCCAUUGCCACUCUCUGUGUUCGGAGAGGAAGAAGAAGAAGAAGAUGGAUCAGAAAUCAGUGGCCUGAUCGCGAAUCUGUAUAGAGAAAACGGACAUAAUGAGAUCACAAAUGGCCGGGAAAUCGAAAAUGGAGCUCUCAGAUCGGAGAAUUUGAGCUGGAAUCCAUUGAAUUUAGAUAGAGAAACGCCGGAAAGCACAAGCAGUGCGGUGAAUUCGAGUACUAAUGGGGUCAAUUCGGAUCCAAAUCAUUCAGAUUUGAGAGUUUCCGAUGAAAACGAUGAUGAUGGUUGGGAAUUUAAGACGGCCGAGUCUAAGGAGGAACAAGAGAGAGCUAAAUCAGGAUCUGUUAGGGCUCAGGAUGAUUUAAGCUCAAGCGUUUGGAGUUCGCAUACAAAUGGAACAGGUCCAAGUUUUGAUAGUGGUAAAUUAGAUCAUGUUAACAGAGAAAAUGGAGAUGAUGAUGAUGAUGAUCUUUGGGGCAAUGGCGGGUGGGAAUUCAAGGUUGCUGAAGCGGGAGAGCCAAAGAAAGAAUUAACGAACAAGGAAUCUAAUGGAUGGGGGUUCGGAUUCUGUUUGGAACCGGUUGAGAAAGAGCCGCGGAAGAAGGAAAAUGGAAAUGUGAAUGUGAGUUCUCAAGCAACUUCUUGGGCUUUCAAUGAGCCGUCUUUGGAAACUGGAAAUGAGAAAGAGGAAAAGGAAGUGCAGAGAGAAAAGCCUAAAGGAGUCUUGCCUCUGUCCUUUUUUGAGGAUGAGGAGGAAUUAGGAACCUCUGACACUCUGGUUCAUGAGGAUAAUACAGUUUCAGUCUGUGAUUUCUCCGUGAGAGAGAAAACUAAAGCUCCAAAUUCAAAUGUGUCCAUCAAUGACCUAAUAUCAAGUUUAUACAGCCAGGUGGAUGAGAAAACCUCUGUUAAUCUUUCGGAAAAGUCUGACGGAAAUGGAUUUGUAAAUGAUGAGGAUGAUUCAUGGGAGUUUCAAGGUCCUUCUCUGGCCUCUAAAAACUCUGAUGAUGAGUUUGACGAUGAUUCGUGGGAGUUUCAAGGUCCAUCACAGCCGGAAGGAGAAAACGGUUCAUGGGAAUAUAAUAAACAUAGUUCUGUGGAAAAUGGAGUUUGGGAUCAAUCGCAGGAAAAUCCAGUAAUUAGCAUAGAGCGUAAUGAUUAUAAAGACUUCUUUCAUAAGUUAAAGACUGAACUAUACUACAUUGCCCUGAGUCAUCUCGAGACUUUAAAGGAAGCUCGUGACUUGGCUGCUGAUUCUCAUGAACUUCAAAAAUGUGACAUUGAAAUCCAGGAUCUGCAAAACUUGAUGAACAAUGAUGAUUUGAUCAGUGAAGUCAACGUAGAAAGUCUCCAACCAAGAUCCUCUGGCGGCAUUAAUGAACUUUGUAAAGCACUCCAGGAGCCAAAAUUCCGAGCACUUGAUUCAGAACAUCUCUUGUCAGAGAGAUUGUUAUCAGUAAAGGCAGAGAAGGACUUUAAACCAACGAUUGAACUUCUCAAACACGCGGCGUUGACACUGAAGAUCCUAAACUCGUCUUCACCUGAGCAACAGUCGAAAUACGUUUCAACCUGGUUCGUCAUUGCUUCGUCCUGUGCUCAAGAACUGCGACACGCUGCUUCCAUAUGGAAACAAGUGAUCGAAAACGAUGUUCAAGAAGGGAUCGUAUCUAAACCUCAAGGGAAGAGCUUUGUUCUCUCAGUUGGAGAAAUAUACAGAGUAGUGAAAAUUCUGAGAGCCUCGACGAGACUAUAUAGACCAUGGGUUGUAUUAGCUCCAACAUCAUCAUCCAAUGUGUUGGCUGUUUUGGACGAGUGUGUCAAGUUGUGGUUGAGCUCAGGAUUAGAAGAAGCUCUGCGGAAUAAUAUUAACCGGUUUCAAGAACUUGACGGUGACUAUUCUGCUGAUCAACUUCUGGAAUCAAUCAAGUAUAUAGACGACGUUGACGAUUUCACCUGCAUCACCUCAGCUUCAUCACCCACUUGCUACAUCUCUGGCCUUAGUAGUGAGAUGGUACAAGGAAUCAAGAUGGUGGAGUGGAGUGGAGACCAAUACUUGGUGCCUCUUGCGAAUCUAUGGGCCAAUCUGAUCAGCUGCGAACCACCGAGCCUUCCCGGCCACUCAAUAUGA